CUCUGGGUCACCUCCCACGAAGCAUGUGGCGUCCGCAGCCUAGAAUCCCCCACCAGUAACCACCUCCUGUACAGUUGGGUCGCCGAGGUGCCCCGACGAGCGCCUUCCUCCUGCACACCCGGCCUUCGCCUGCAGCCCCAAAGGGCCGGCCAAGAUGGCUGCCGCCCGAGGGAGGUCGAGCGGGGCGCGCCGCGGGGGCGUCUGGGAGUUGUAGUCCAGGUUCGCGUGCUGACGCACUUCACCGUGGGCCGACGGGCGCCAUUCUGCAGCGCGCGCCGGGACUCUGCUCACUCUUACGAGAGACACACUGAAGAGGAGGAAAGUAUGGCCUCCAGGCUUCCGACGGCCUGGCCCUGUGAACCAGUGACCUAUGAAGAUGUAACAAUGGGUUUUACCCCGGAGGAGUGGGGACUCCUGGACCUCAAACAGAAGUCCCUGUACAGGGAAGUGAUGCUGGAGAACUACAGGAACCUGGUCUCAGUUGAGCAUCAGCUUUCCAAACCAAAUGUGGUGUCUCAGUUAGAAGAGGCAGAAGACUUCUGGCCGGUGGAGAGAGGAAUUCUUCAAGACCCCUUUCCAGAAUGUCCUGAGACUCAGGUAGACUCUCAAAUUGAUCUUCCUGCUGAGAAUCCCCUGACAAAGAUCAAGGUUGUUGAGGUCCUCACACUGAACCAGGAAGUGGCUGGUCCCCGGAAUGCCCAGAUUCAGGCUCUCUAUGCUGAAGAUGGAGGCCUGAGUCCAGAUGUCCUCAAGAAACCAGGCAACCAUCCAGCCGACCCAGAGACUGCUCGCCAGAGGUUCCGGCAGUUCCGUUAUGAGGAAGCAUCUGGUCCCCAAGAGGCGCUGGCCUUGCUUCAUGAGCUGUGUCACCAGUGGCUGCAGCCUGAAGCACACUCCAAAGAGCAGAUCCUUGAGCUACUGGUGCUGGAACAGUUUCUGGGUGCACUGCCAGGGAAGCUGCGGACGUGGGUGGAGUUGCAACACCCAAAGGACUGCCAGGAGGUAGUGGCCCUGCUGGGUGAUGUGACCUGGAUAGCCAACGAGGAAGCACUGCCUGCCCCAGGAUCUGUCUGCUCUCUUGAGGUCACUGCUGAACAGAAGGAGGAGAAUACGGCUAUGGUGGUGCUACUGCCUGAGGAGCCAGUGACCUUCCAGGAUGUGGCUGUGGACUUUAGCCAGGAGGAGUGGAGGAUGUUGGACCCAACAGAGAGAAAUGAAUACCAUGAUGUGAUGCUGGAGACGUUUGAGCACCUGGUCUCUGUGGGGUGGGAGACUACACUGGGAAACAAGCAGUUAAUUGAAAAAUCUGAUAUUCCUGAAGAAGAACCAGGUCAUGACCUCAAAGUGGAAGAAUUCUCAAGAGAUGACACUGGGUCCUCUACCCCAGAAGAUGUCUUGCAGGAUGGGGUCCCAGAAGUCCUAGACAGGGCAUUGGAACAAGUGGAAUUCACUCAGGACAAAGUCCUCCCUCAGGAACAGCACUGCGAAAGCCCUGAAUCUCAGGUAGGCACAGAUCUUGACAUAAGCCAAGCUUCUCUCCAGAAAACUCCUCCUAGAAAACGUUUGCGCAAACGUGUCUCAUGGGUUACGAACAUGACAUGUAAUUCACAGAAGAGCUGUGAAAGGGAAAAGGCCAAGAAAAGCAGUGGUGCUAAGAAAACCAGCCAGAAUGCUCAGCAGAUUACAUUUAUAAGACUUCACAAAGGGAGCCAAAUUUGCCGGUGCAGUGAAUGUGGCAAAAUGUUCCGGAAUCCAAGAUACUUUUCUGUACAUAAAAAAAUCCAUACAGGAGAGAGGCCCUAUGUGUGUCAAAUCUGUGGGAAAGCAUUUGUUCAGAGCUCCUCCCUCACACAGCAUCAGAGAAUUCAUAGUGGUGAAAGACCAUUUGAAUGUAAAGAGUGUGGAAGGACUUUCAAUGAUCGCUCAGCCAUCUCCCAGCACCUGAGAACUCACACUGGCGCGAAGCCCUACCAGUGUAAGGACUGCGGAAAAGCCUUCCGGCAGAGCUCGCACCUCAUCAGGCAUCAGAGGACUCACACUGGAGAGCGCCCAUAUGUGUGUAGCAGAUGUGGAAAGGCCUUCACCCAAAGCUCCCAUCUUAUUGGGCAUCACAAAACGCACAGUAGGAUGAAGUGGAAGAAGAAAGAGCGUACCUCAUAGUCUCAGGCCAGCUUGAUCGCACAGUGCAGUGCACAGGCCUGGUUGUGAUUCAGAACUCAGUGGGAAAGGGAAGCAUUGAAUGAGGACAUUCCCAAGACCAAAGGAAAAAACAAGGAGACCACCCAGCCCAUGAGGAGUAAAUAAGAAAACUGGGGAAAUAUUAAUACAUCUAUCAGUAGGAGUAAAAGUUUUAAUUUCUUAAUUAAGUUGUUAUUUGUUUGCUCAUUCAUUUGAUCAUUAAAAAUGAUAUUACUGAAAUAUGAAAACGCUAAUAAUUUUAAGAAGCCAGAUACCAAGUAAUCUGUGCCCUAAUGGUUAUAUCUGUGGUAAAGUAUUUAUUGUAGAUGGAUAAGGACUAAAAAAGAAUGUAGGGCCGGCGCUGUGGCUUGCAGUGCCAGCAUCCCAUAUGGGUGCCGGUUCAAGUCCCGACUGCUCCACUUCUGAACCAGCUCUCUGCUGUGGCCUGGGGAAGCAGUAGAAGAUGGCCCAAGUCCUUGGGCGCCCGCACCUGCAUGGGAGACCAGAAGAAGCUCCUGGCUCCUGGCUUUGGAUCAGCACAGCUCUGGCCAUUGUGGAUAUCUGGGGAGUGAACCAGCAGAUGGAAGACCUCUCUGUCUGCCUCUGCCUUUCAAAUAAAUAAAUAAAUAAAUCUUUUAAAAAAAAAUGUAGCCGGCACCGCGGCUCACUAGGCUAAUCCUCCGCCUUGCGGCGCCGGCACACCAGGUUCUAGUCCCGGUCGGGGCACCGAUCCUGUCCCGGUUGCCCCUCUUCCAGGCCAGCUCUCUGCUGUGGCCAGGGAGUGCAGUGGAGGAUGGCCCAAGUCCUUGGGCCCUGCACCCCAUGGGAGACCAGGAGAAGCACCUGGCUCCUGCCAUCGGAUCAGCGCGGUGCGCCAGCCGCAGCGCGCCUACCGCGGCGGCCAUUGGAGGGUGAACCAACGGCAAAGGAAGACCUUUCUCUCUGUCUCUCUCUCUCACUGUCCACUCUGCCUGUCAAAAAGUAAAAAAAAAAAAAA